AGCUGAAACCCGGAAAAAGGAUCAGGAAACGCCAGCAGCACUGCUGCGCCUGCGCACUGGGGCCGGAAGUCAAGGCGGAGAACUGCUUCCGUUUCUGGUUUUGCUCCAGUGUUUGGGUGUUCUGCGCUGCCGCCCAAGAUGAACCGAUUCUUCGGAAAAGCGAAACCUAAGGCCCCGCCGCCCAGCCUGACUGACUGCAUUGGCACGGUGGACAGCAGGGCAGAAUCCAUUGACAAGAAGAUUUCUCGACUAGAUGCUGAGCUAGUGAAGUAUAAGGAUCAGAUCAAGAAGAUGAGAGAGGGUCCUGCAAAGAAUAUGGUCAAGCAGAAAGCCUUGCGGGUUUUAAAGCAAAAACGGAUGUAUGAGCAGCAGCGGGACAAUCUUGCCCAACAGUCAUUUAACAUGGAACAAGCCAAUUAUACCAUCCAGUCAUUGAAGGACACCAAGACCACGGUUGAUGCUAUGAAAGUGGGAGUAAAGGAAAUGAAGAAAGCGUACAAGCAAGUGAAAAUUGACCAGAUUGAGGAUUUACAAGACCAGCUAGAAGAUAUGAUGGAAGAUGCAAAUGAAAUUCAAGAAGCACUGAGUCGUAGUUAUGGCACUCCAGAAUUAGAUGAAGAUGACCUAGAAGCAGAGUUGGAUGCACUGGGUGAUGAGCUUCUGGCUGAUGAAGAUAGUUCUUACUUGGAUGAAGCAGCAUCUGCACCUGCAAUUCCAGAGGGUGUUCCCACUGACACAAAGAAUAAGGAUGGUGUCCUGGUGGAUGAAUUUGGAUUGCCACAGAUUCCUGCAUCAUAGACUUGGGUGAUUCAAGUACAUUGUGUAAAAUAAAUGCAUAUUCUGGGACUAGGAAAUAUUUAUCUUUCCAGAUUUACCAUAACAGAUUUAGAUUGCUUUCCUUUCUUUGAAGGAAAGAUUAAUCACAUUGUUCUUUUACUUUGUUCCGUUAAGAAACUUGGCACUUGGGGGCUGUUUUCUUCAUACUAAACUUUUAUUACUGUUUGCUUAUGAAAGACUAACUUAAAAGUAUCAGUGACUCUAUUAGGCUAGUUUUCAUUCAUUAAUGGUAAUUUGAAAUAAAACCAAGGAAAUGGGAGUCUUGAAAUUCAGUGACAGUAUAACACCACAUUCUCUCAUUGAUCUGAUAAAUUGACAAGACAAAGAUGAGAUAACUGGGACUGUUCAUAUUAUGAUUCAAAACCAUUUUCUAUUGUGGUAUUAUAGGUUGGUUAAAGUGAUAGCUUUUUUCUGAUGGGUUUGUUGUCUUGUGAGUAAAUCAUUACUGUGUCCAGUGUUGGAAUGGAAUUAUCACUACUAUAUCAUGAGUGGAUAUUUUGAUUCUCUGGUUUCCUCAGUAUUACAGCCUGACUUGUAAUCAGUAAUGAAUAUUUCUUGAUAUUUAAUGUAUAGGACAUUUAUUUAUACUCAAUAAAUAUUUUUCAAAAGGA